AUGCCGGCAAGGCAGCUGCCCGCCGUCCUUCGCGCAGUGCAGACGCUCCGCGCCGCUGCACCCGGCUGCAGCUACGCGCUGCUCACGCGGCCGCUGCCGCGCGGCAACGGCGCGCCCAUCCGCGGCAACUGCAUCACAACGGCCCUGGGAAGCUGCCGGGAAGCCCCCGACCUGGCUGCCGUGCUGCGCGCGCUGCGGCCGCACAUGGGCCGCGUCCACGCGGCCGCGGCGGCCGUGCGCCUCGCGCGCAUCGCCGAGGCGAGCGGGCUCCUGCGGCCCCUGGCGGCCGGCGGCACAGGGCCACCAGCGGCGGCUGCGGGCGCGUGCGCGGCGGCAGCAGCAGCCGAUGAUGACUGGUCAGAGCUUGCAUUCUGCAUGGAGGCCGUGGAGGGGCUCCUCCAGCAGGAGGCACACAACCUGGCGCCCCAUGAGACGGCCCAGGCGCUGUGGGCGCUAGGCAAGCUCGCGCCGCUGGCGGACGGCCGCGGCGGGGGCGUCCCAGUGCACGCAGCACGGCAACGGGAGCGGGCGGCGCUGCGGCGGCAGCUGCUGGACGGCUUCCUGUCGUGCCUACCAGACCUGGGGGCGCGAGAGGUCACCAUGGGUGCCCAUGGCACAGCCAACCUGCAGGCGGACCUGGACAUUGGGGCGCGCAGCGUGGCGGCUGUCGUGGAGGCCGCGCGGCGCGUGAUGGCGGCGUCCGGACCGAGAGAGCUGGCCAAUACGGCCUGGGCGCUCGGGCGGCUGCAGCAGUGGGAGGAGGAGCGGGCGCUUGAGAGCCGGGGGCAGCAGCAGCAGGAGGAGCGGUGGGAGCAGUGGCAGAAACACUGCUUGACGCCGCUGCGCGCGUGGCAGGAGGAGUUUUUGGAGGUCAGCCGCGGCAUGCUGCUGCCGCCUCGGCCCCACCAGUUGCGAGAGCGGCAUGCCAGCCCCGGUGCUGGUGGUAGAAGCGGCGCCAACGGCAGCAGCAAAGGCAGCAGCAACGGCGGCGGCGGCGACGGCAGGGGUCAGGCUUUCAACGCUCAGGAGCUGGCGAGCGUCCUCUGGGCAAUGGCCGCGCUGCGCGCCGCGCCGCCGCCCGGGUGGCUCUCGGCGGCCGAGGCCGCGGCGGCCCCUCGCCUGGGGGAGUGCGACCACCAGCAGCUGGCAACCAUAUCCUGGGCCCUCUGCCGCCUCAACCACGCGCCCGGCCAGGCGUUCGCGGACCGCGCCGCGGCCGCCGCGCAGCUGCUGCUGCCGCGCGCGACGGCGCGCAGCCUGUCGCUCCUCGUCUACGCGGCCGCGCGCCGCGGGCGGUGGCCGUCGGAGGGCUGGGUGGACGAGCUGUGGCGGCUCAUGCGCGACCGCGGCGCGGAGGCGGAGGGCGUCGACGCAGAGGGGCUGGCCGGGGCGCUGGCGGUAUUGGGGCUGGACGACCCGUCUAAUGGGCAGGAGAGCGGAGGCGGCGCGGCGAUGGAGGCGCUGGGGAGUUAUGAAUCCCUGCCGCCGUCUGCCGGCGGCGCGGCGCCCGCGUGGCUGCAGGCUGCGCUGCGGCAGGGCGGGGGGCGGCUGCGGGAGGGCAGCGACCGGGACGUGCUCCUCACGCUGUGGGGCGUUGCGCGCAGCGGCGAGCGGCCGGGCGGCGCGUGGCUCGCCGCCGCUCUCUCGGGCGCCGCGCAGCGGCUGCCGCGGUUCACGCGGCAGGGGCUGGCGAUGGCGGCGUGGGCUGCGGGGCGGCUGGAGCCCCACAGCGGCGGCGGCAGCGGCGCCAGUGCGCCAUACCGCGCCGCGGCGGCCGCCAUGCUCGCCGCGCUGCAGGCGGAGACGCGGCGCCACCUCGCGUCGCUCUCGCCGCACGAGCUUUCGUGCGUCGUGUGGGGUACAGCGCGCCUCGCGCGCGCUUGCGGCAGCGGCGGCAACGGCGGCAACGGCGGCAGCGGCGCGGCGGCGGCCGGAGGCGCGAUCGAGCCCGAGUGGGCGCUUGCGGCAGCGGCGCGCGCCUCAGCCCUCCUCCCGAGCAUGACGCCCCAAGAGGCGGCAGCCGUGCUGCAGGCCGCCCAGCUGCUGCCCGGUGGGCCGCUGGCGGGCCACCUGUUGGAUGCGGUGCUCGACCCAGAUGCACUCGCGCUGUCGUCCUGGGGCCCACGCGAGCUGCAGGCCAUCCUCCACGCGUGCGCGGCCUGCGGGCGCCGGCCCCCGCCGCCGCUGAUGCACCACCUGCUGGCGGCGACGCAGCGCCACCUGCCGACGUGUGGCGCGCGGCGGCUGGCCUCGAUUGGGUGGGGGGUGGCGAAGAUGCAGCAGCUGUGGUACAGGCAGCGGUGGCGCGCGCGGGAGGAGAGGCGGGAGGCGCGGAGGGCGCGGCGGAGGGCGCUGCUGCUGUCGGGUCGGUCGCAACCGCAGCCGCGGCCGCGGCGGGCGGAGCGCGGACCGCGGUCGCUCGCCCAGGUGCUGCAGCAGCGGCAGCAGCGGCAGCAUGCUGCGGUGCUGCCCGCCCUGCAGCAGCCGCACGAGCAGCAGCAGCAGCAGCAGCAGCAGCAGCAGCAGCAGCAGCAGCCUGGUGGAGCCGACGGUGCCUCGGACACGCAGCCGCAGCAGCAGCAGCAGCGCCGGCGCCGCGCCGCGGCGCCUGACCCGCCGCCGCCGCCUGUGCCUGUGCGCUGGGUCGCCGCGUACGCGUGUGCCUGCGAGGCGCGAGUUGGGCCCCAGAUCGCCACCCUCAUGUACGGCCUCGCCCGCAUGGGCGCGCAGCCGCCGCGCGAGUGGGUCGAGCGGCUGGCCGGCCGCGUGUCGGCGCUGCUGCCAGGGCUGGGCCCGCAGUCGCUCGCGGAGCUGUCCAGCGCGCUCGCCGCGUGGGACUGGGCGCCUCCUGCCUGGUGGACCCGCCGCUUCGUGGCGCUCGCGGCGGCCGCGGCCGCUGGGCGGCCGCGGCCGGGCGGCGGCGGGGCGUCGCGGCCGGCGAGCGUGUGGCAGCGGCGGCUGCUGGCGCACUCGCUAGCGGCGCUGGAUCCCGUGGAGGGGGCGCGCUGGCGCGAGGCGCUCGAGGCAGCGGAGGCGGCCGCAGCAGGCGUCGGCAGCGGCGACGGCCGGGCGGGGCGUGAGCGCUGA